CGGGGUGCCUUGCCUGACGCCUUGCUCCGACCGAGUAGGGAAUGGAACAAUGAAGGACCCAAAAGGGAAGACUUUCCAGGAGCUGGAGGAGGACUUUGAGCCCCAAGUGGAAUUGCACUUUACCAUCUUGGAGGAAUCGGAAGGAGGCAUUUCUCAGGGGAAACUUUGGCCCUGCGAGAUUGAUGCCGAGCUCCAGCCAGAGAGUUCUUGUCGGCCCGAACUGGACGAUGACUUGGUUUGCUCUGAUCUCUCACAGCCUCCUUCCCCAGACGUUCAGGAAAUCCUCCCAGAAGCUGAUGAGGAGAGCGCUGGAGAGCAGAGGGUGGGACCCUAUUCUCCACAACGUCCCGAGCAACAGGUGGAGCUCCAUUUUACCAUCUUGGAGGAGUCGGAAGGAGGCAUCUCCGAGGGGAAGCUCUGCGCAAGCGAUGUGAGACUGGACGAUUCAGCCGAGGUCGGCUACCAAAAGCAUCAAUGGGACCGGCCUGUUCAAUGGAAUGAGAAAUUCCUGCAACCCUCGGAAGCACCAACCAACCUUCCCCCACCCGUGGAGGACAGGCCAGAAGGAGAAUCGAAAAGGGACGAGCUCCCGCAAGAAAGUUCUGACCAGCAGGUAGAACUCCAUUUUACCAUCUUUGACGACCCAGAAGAAGGGAGCCUCUCCCAGGGUCCCGAGGACUACCCCAUCUGGGAAAGCCCAUUCAAACCAGCCAUGUUUCAUGGAGACUGUCCAAAAGAGGAUUGGGAUACCUCCAUUGACAGCCUGGGAGAUGUCUUUGAAGCUUCAUUCCAGCAGCAAUUCUGCUCCGAAGGGAGGGUGUACCCUUGUGCUGAAUGCGGGCGGAUUUUCAACCGCAAGUCAACCCUGACACGGCACUGGAGGACCCACACCGGGGAGAAGCCCUACUCGUGUAUGGACUGUGGGCGGAGCUUCAGCCUGAACCUCAACCUCCUUACCCAUCAGAUGACCCACACAGGGGAGAAGCCCUACAAAUGCCCUGACUGUGGGCAAAGCUUCACCCGGAGCACGAGUGUCACACGGCACCAGAGGAGCCACCAGGAGGAGAGCCCGUAUAAAAAUGACCUGUGGGAGGAAAGCUAUCCUUACCCUUACCCAGUCCCCUUUCCUUACCUGGUCCCUCCGGUGGUGGUGAAGUCCUACCAGUGCCCCGAUUGUGGAGAGGCCUUUACUCACAGUGGAAGCCUCAACCGGCACCUGCGGGUUCACCGGGGGGAAAAGCCCUACAAGUGUGUGAUGUGUGGGGAGGGCUACUGCUCCAUGUCCAAGCUGUACAGGCACGAAAGGAUCCACAUGGUGGAGAAGCCCUACCACUGUGACAUCUGCGGGAAAAACUUCGCCGUCAAGUCCACGCUGACUCGGCACCAGAUGCUCCACCAGGCAGAGAGGCCCUACAUGUGUUCCCACUGCGAGAAGGGCUACGUGCAGAGGAGCCACCUGGCCCGGCACCACUACAAAGCCCACCCUGGGGUGCCCUUUAACCCUGUUAAAGCAAACAGCAUGCCUGCCACCAUUCUGGAUUCUGACAAUUUAGUCACCUAUUUCUGGGGGGACGAGGAAAUGGACACAACCUCUGAGCCGGUUCCAACUCAAUUGAUCUACUCGGGAGCCUGUUGCUAAAGUGUGUGUGUGUGUGUGUGUUGAGUGGUGGUGGUGGUGGUGGUAGUGGUUAACACUAGCCUGGAGCUACCUGUGCCACACCUACCCCAUCACUGGAGAGAAACGUCUCUGUUCUCACCCUCCUGCACCUUCAGCCUCCCAAGUGCUGGGAUGUUUCUAAACUCAGACAUGGAUUCUUGUAUGACAAUACCAAAAUCAAGCCUGACAGUCUUCAGUGCAAAAAUUCCUUCCUUGCCUUGCGACUCUUGCUGCAACGGUGAACUGUAAUACAAAUAUCAUCUCCACAUUUACAGAAGGUGCUCUGUUGGUGGGGUUGGAAGUUGUCCACCCUUGUGGUUCACUCUAGAUGAUGCCAGGGCUAAAACUGCUAAAAGGGCCGUUCACUGCGUUUGGGCCUAUGCAAGUCGCUGUGCAGUAGAAGAUGAGCUUACUUCUGAUGAACUUAUUUCAAUGAACUGUUUUUCGCGCUGCUUUAUGCAAAAGAAGCAACGUGCCACUUUUAAUGGUGCAACAAAGUCUUUAUGUGCUGGGGAAAACUCCCUUUACAAGGGAAGAAGAAAACAGUGCAGUCUGUAGCAAAAUGUCUAGGGAGAUGUACAGGAGCUUGGAAAUUCUUUUUAUUUUUAUUAUUAAUUUUUUUUUCGUAGUAAGGGAGAAAUGUUUCUUUCUUUCUUUCUUAAAGUAAAACUAUGCCUUGUUUUAUCAUGUUAUGUUUUUAACGGUGGCUGAACUGCUGGAAGAAAACUAGUAAAGAAUGGAAA